AUGGUUUAUCACUUUAUUGUUCUCUCGCAUGGAAAUAACGGCCAGCACGAGGAUAUGGAAUAUUUACAACAUGACAUCCAGUUAGAAUUUCAUAAGAAAUAUCCAAUUUUGGAUUCAAUUCUUCCCGAUGAUCAAUUAUUUGCUCUGCGUCCAUCAUCAAACUCCAAGGACACACAUCAUGGAGUGGCAGUUGGUGGUAAGAGAAUGGCCCAAGAAAUUAUUGAAUAUUUCAGGAAGGAAAUUUUACCCAAAUUUACUGAAAGAAACAAGAAGGUUAAAUUUUCCCUAAUUGGUCAUUCGUUAGGAGGUCUCUAUUGUAGAUAUGCUGCCUAUGUGUUGAUGAAUGAAUAUGAGGAUGAAUUCUCUAAAUAUUUUGAGCCAAUUGGGUUGACAACUAUUUGUUCUCCUCAUUUGGGAUCGAAGAGAACUAGCAGUGGAGGAUGGACUGAUUUAUAUGGAAAUGUUGUGAGUACAAUUGCAAAUACAUAUGUGGGACACUUUCUUGGUGAUACUGGUAAGCAAUUGGCUUUGAGUGAUCCAUUGCUGAUGGAGAUGUCAGAACCAGAAUCGAAAUUUAUAUCUGCAUGGAAUAGUUUCAAAUUCAAGACACUGAUUGGAAGUACUCAUUACGACAUUUCAGUUCCUCAUUCAGGGGCUUGCAUCUGUGCAAAAUCUACAUUCCAACCUCCACAGAAAGGUCCUAUUGAGUUUUCAAUUGUUGGACACAGUGGAUUUGAUUCAGAUAAUUAUUCAGAUAUUUUCACACAAGAUAAGGAGUUAGAUUUUCAAGUUGAGGACUUUGAUGAAUCAAUUGAAUUCAUUCCAGAUUCCAGUAAUGAAAAUUUAAUAAGCACCAAAAUGCUCAAUAAUUUACAAAAGCAUGUAAAUUGUAGAAGAAUUCACAUUCAAUUUUCCUAUCCAUCAUUCUAUCAUUGCAUGAAUGGUUUUGUCCAUGACGUGGUCAUUAACAAGGUAAAGAUGCAUUAUUGGAUAAACAAGAAUGAGAAUGCUGCCAUUGAUUGUGUUAAUACCAUUGCUAGAAUGGUCAUUACUGAUCAUUCCCAAUAA